AAGGUUAAAAAUAGGCAAUUUGUUGCCGCAGCAUAGAAUUGGCUUCCUUGGAACGGGUAGUUGUAUUAGAGCUGCCAUGCAGUAUUAGAGCUGCCAUGCAUUUGUUACCAGCUAGCCAUGACGUUUCUGACCUUAGCAGCAUUCCUACGUAUUGUUCUUCGCACUUUCCAUAAACAAAUGUUGCUGCAAUACUGAGGACAUGCACCAAGUGCAUACAGCGUAUCUAAUGCUCGUUUCAAGUGUAUCAACUUCAGUACUGCUCAUGAGUUUAUAAAAACAACUCAAGAGCAAGAGCCACUGAAGCAAAACUUUGGGCCAGCACAUAAAUUUGGUUUACUACUAAUGAAAAACCAAACGCCGUGUGUUAAGUGCACCAUCUGUUGUCCAGAUAGGCAAACAUGCUUUUUGGGACGUGGUUGGUGCCUCAAACUUCUAUGGUAGCGUGAAGUUAGGCGUACCCAAAAGCAACAGUGCACGGGUGAUUUCACUGGCUUUCGAUGCUGACUAAAUGUCAUUUAAAGCUGCACUGCUUACUGAACGGACUGUAGACGUAUAUUUGUUUCAUCAAGUGACCCCGAGCUACAGGCCAUAAAAUUUGAUGACGGUACCUUUUUGAACGAAGCGCGCAGUACGAGUUACGGUCAAUUGUAGCGACGUUUAAUAAAUUUUGUGUCGAGAAGGUUGCGUUGAUAGGCGCAAGUACGGGGUUAGAAUUGUGUUUUCUUUGUAAAAUAUGCCCACUCUAAACCGUGAAUUCAGUGUGUAAACUUAUGUUUGGUCUUAGAUGGUUUGAUUUCUUCGUUGUUCAUUGCCACGCGUAAAUUAAUCUCAUUCUUGGCGCGCAAUUAUUUUGGGGGGUACGAGCCAUCAUUUGAGGCAACAACAAUAACAAUAAUGACAGUUCUUUCUGCGGACGGUUGAGAAACCACAGAAUAUGGUAAUCGGCAGCCUUUUACACUUUUCUGUAGCAGCCGACUCCGCUCGGUGCAGUUAUUUUAUAAUUGGCAGUAAAUUGUAAUGUGCCGCUACAACUCUGGAGAUAGCCGAGUGCAUAGUGAGUCGGUGGCUCAUUGUGUUUUAUUUUGUCGCCAUGAUGUAGGGGUGGGGGAAACUGGUUUUCUACGCUACAUUUUUGUCUGCUUGAAUUACAGGCAAAAUAGCAAUGCUGAACUGGAAACUACCGCGACCAAAUCAAGAUCUGCUGUAGAGAGAAAAAGUGGCCGUGGUCUCACGUCCUUGGUAAACUGCGAGGGCCAUGCCAGCGAGGGGGAUCGAUAUAACGGCGUGUUCCGUGGGUCCCCCUGGACACCGAGUGAGCGUGUCCAGAUGAAUUGCUCGCCCGAAGAUUGGAUCCGCGACUCGGAGCGGGCCACCCUCGUCUCAGCGCUGGGCAGCUCGCACGUGUGCGUCGACAUCUUCUGCUCCAAGUUCUCGCGCUUCCGAAACAUCGCGCGCAUGGCAGGACUACGACCGUCACUGGUGUUCCUGUCCCAUCACGUCGACCUCAGCGAGGACAAGCGAGCGGUGGAGCGCCUGCGCGAGUUCCUGCCCCCGGACUCGGUCAUCGUGUAUUUCAAGCUGGAGCUCGUAGGAACCGUGAACGGCACCGAUGACGCCAUGCACGAGGGCAUAUUCGGCGAGUUCCUGUUCCGCGCCGAGGAAGACGUGACCGCGGAGAGGCAGAGGACGACUUCCGAAGAGGCCGAUGACCAGCCACGGCAACCACCGGAUGGCGCCAUCCCCGGGCCGUCGUCUUUGACAUCUGGCUCGAACCGCGAGUGGUGGCGACCACGUGUCCAAGACACGCAGUCUCCGCCGAAACUGGGCCUUGCUGCAGCCUUGCCUGGUCCGACCACCGCAGUGGCACCGCUACCCCUGUGGUCUCUGCGUCCGCGUCUAGCGUCGACGGUCGGCUGCGAACGAGGCGCGCUGUUUCGCAACGUGCUCCCGGGAGUGCUCGUGUUCCAGACGCUGCACGUCACCGCGGCCAACCUCGAGGGCAACGCGGUGACCUCGUACUUCGCGGAGGACGCCACUGGAAGGACCGUUCAGGUGACUUCGGCGGCUGUGUUCAGCGUCAUGCAGAGCAGCCAGCUGGAGCCGUUCAUGCGCCGGUUGAGCGAGCAGUUUGGCUCGACCAAUGAUACGAUCGCCGUGGCGUUCCCGCGCAACCAGGAUGAGGCGCUCGACGAACUGGAGGCGUUCGAGCGGUACUUCCCCUCGGUGCCAGCGCUGGCCAACCAGGCCACAGAGUUUAACUUGGACGGCCAGUACGCGCCCUUGAGCAGGCUCAAGAUGAUCCUGCUGCUCAUCAAGCUGCUCGACUGAACCGGUAUCGCAAGCGAGACGGAUGUCGGUCACCAGGCCCUACACCGCCCGCCGACCACGCCAUUUGAAUUGGAUUGUAUAUAAUGUGUGAAUGAGACAUUACCAUAAAGAGCGCCUUAUUUGCGCCACACACCGGCGACGUUCGACCGACUGUUUGCCUAUUUCACCAAUUUGCAGAUACAUUAUGUGCUUAAUCAUUUUGU